AUGAAUGACUCCAUCCCAUGGCAAGAGAAACCUCCCUGGGACAAAUACCGUCGAAUUUUGUCUGGUUUCGAUCCGUCAGUGAUCCUAGCUAUUGACAAGACCCCGAGACCCAAUGUGUUUGCUGUCCGUUGCCUUUCGUCCGAAGCACGAACCAGCGUCUCAAACAUCUCACGAGUAAAACACCAAAAUAUUGCCAAGGUGUACGAGGUAUUUGUCCCACAUGACGCUUUGUAUGUCGUGACCGAUUAUGUUCCCACUUCCUUGUCGAUGAUCCUAGAUUGUACCCUAGGGCCGAGCCCUGGUCAGAUCGCGGCCACGUUUCAUCAGGUUGUCGGUGGAAUGAAGUACCUUACUUCGUGUGACUUGGCAUGUGUGUGCCUCCAGGAAUCCGACAUUCUGGUGGCCAAUUCAGGGCAUGUGACUAUUGGUAAUAAUCAUCCUAUCUCGUCCGUGUACCUCAGAUCGCUGACGGCCUCAGCAUCUUUUGACAAUUGCUACUCUUAUCGGCAUCCUGGUGAUGUCUCUGUACUGAGCCGGACUAUGGUGAAGGCCAUCCAAAAACGCCGAGAAGGCGAGGGCAUCUGGCCUGGAGAUUACCGCGAGGUUUUUGAGGACCUAAAUGAAUGGUCGGUGACGUUUAACGAUUUCUUCUUUCAGACCGUCUUAGGUGUGUCAUGGAAAGGCCUAUCAUAUCACCCAUUUCUCACCUCGGCACCGGGCAAAGAGGUUCUCAUCCCACUAGUAAAGAUUGCACAAGCAUCUGGAAAAUUCGUUAUGGGGGGCCAAUGGGAAUCGACCCAAUGGGGUGUGUAA